AUGGCGGUAGACACCGGCUACCUGACCACUCAGGUCAACAACAUCGUCGCCCAGCUCCAUGGGAUUUACGACGAGAUUGGAGUUCCUGCGCGCGAGCGCGAGUCCCGUGAAGCUGAGCUCUUCAGCGCCCUGUCAGAGACCUUGAACAAUCAUCUCAAGGUUGUUGACGAGGAGAGAGAGGAUAUGACGCAGGAAGCGGAACGUCUUAUUACAGCCAUUGAACAAAUGGAAUCGUCCUUGAGCGAUGAACGGGCCAAUGGCCAAUACGAGCUUAACCGCGACGACCUUCGUGUCACUUACCCACUUAACAAAUGUAUUGAAUUCUUGCGCGAGAAGCAUGACGCCAUGAGCAACUUGCAUCGUGAGCGCUUUGAGCAGGUUAAGAAACUUGUGGACGCGCUUGAAUCUUACUCCUCACACCUCGAGCCAUCAUUCGUCAAACUCGAGCUUCCUCCCACUGAGCCAGGGUCCUCGAUUCCCCCGAGCUUCGACCUUUCGCCUAUGUAUGUGACAGCAUUGGAUGCCGAAUUCACCCACGUUUACGAAGAGUACCACCGUCGCAUUGCCCAGGUCCAAUCUGCCUGCGAAGAAAUGAUCAAGCUCUGGGCCGAGCUCGGGACACCCCAGGCGCAAACAGAUUCCACUAUCGUGAAGUGUUAUCGCGACUCCCCUGAGCAACUGGGGCUGCAUGAAGAUGAUGUCGCCAACCUCAUGGCCAAGCGCAAUAAAUUGGUGGAAGAAAAGAAGGGUCGCGAGCGCAAGAUCAACGAACUCAGAACUACUGUAAUCUCUCUAUGGGAUCGGUUCGGUGUUGAGGAGGCUGAUCGCAAGGCAUUCCUGGCUGCGAAUCGUGGCUGCGGUUUGCGCGUAAUCAACGACCUCGAAGAUGAAUUGGCACGCCUCAACGAACUUAAGCGACAGAAUCUUCACCUGUUUGUGGAGGAUGCUCGCUGCCGGUUGCAGGAACUUUGGGACGCUCUUUUCUUCUCCGAAGAGGAAAUGCUUGAUUUCACACCUGCAUUCUCUGAUGUGUGCAGUGAUGCCUUGCUUGAGGCUCAUGAGGCCGAAAUUAAACGACUGGAGGCUAUUAAGGAGCAGCGCGCUCCCACUCUCGAAAUGAUUGAGAGACACCGCACUCUUCUGACAGACCGCGAGGCACUUGCAACGUCAAGCCAAGAUGCAUCUCGCCUCAUGGGCCGCGGGAACAAGGGAGAAAAGCGUGACCCUGGAAAGCUCCUGAGAGAGGAGAAGCUGCGCAAGAGAAUCGCCAAGGAAUUGCCGAAACUCGAAGCUGACCUGCGGAAAGAGUUGGAACAUUGGGAAGACGAAUUCGGCCGACCAUUCCUGGUGCACGGAGACCGAUACCUUGAUUCGUUGACACCUGUCAAGUCAAUGCCCCCACCACGGUCAAAGACACCAUCUGCACCACCUCAUCUACCAAAGCAAGCACAAUGA